UUUGCCUGAGUGUUGUGAUGGAAGCAGCGAGAAGACCAGAAUCCGACAGAAAAGCACCGAAAUUCAGACGCGAAGCGGACAAAUUCAGACCAGAGGGAGUCGAUUCGGCGAAUCAGACCGAGUCGCGUCGAGAAUCGAACCGAAUCUGGACGGGCGUCGUUCGGAGUCGGAGCGAUCUGCGAUAACAGGUCUGUCGCUGCAUCAUGUGACGCUUCCCGUCCCUCAUCACCAUGACCGAUUCCCGUGCGUCCCUGCCUCCAUCUGGACUCUGAUCAGCAGCAUCCAUGAUGAUUUAUGGGCUGAUUCCUCAGGAGUUACACGCGCAGCUCCUGGACCUCCAGAACUAUCAGAAGCGGACCAGCGGCGUGGAGGAGCUGAAGAACCUCCUCCUGGAGCUGGAUCUCCAGCAGGUCUCCUCCGGCAGCAUCGUGGAGUUCAUCCAGUUCUUACGCGAGCUCCUGGACGACAGCAACUUCAAGGUGUUGUACGGCGCGCUGCAGCUCAUCAACCUGCUGAUCGAGAAGCUGGAGUGUGAUGUGGAGCGCUAUUAUAAGGAGAUCGUGGGCGUGACGGUGCGAGCGCUGGGCGACUCGCGGAACGUGACGCGGCACGAGUACAUGAGCGUCUUCAGGCAGCUGAUGAGGAUGGUGGGGCCUCAGAAGGUUCUGGAUCUGGUGGUGGCUCAGCUCAAGCACAGGAACUCUAGGGUUCGAGAGGACGUCAUCAACAUCAUCACGGCUGCCAUGCUCACACACCCGCGCAAGGACUUCGACAUCCCCGGCUUGUGCGCUGAAGCGGCGCCGGCGCUCGCCGACAGCAAGAAGAAGGUGCGUCACGCGGCUCUGGAGCUCUUCGCCGUCUUCGACUACUGUCUGGACACGGGUAAGAAGCAGCCGCUCAUGAAGGCCGUGGAUCGAGUGGAGCUCUCCGGAGACGCUGAGGGCCUGAUGGCUGCUGUACAGGCGCGGCGUGCGCGGCACAUACUCCCUCGGCUCUCUGCCGACGGCACCGUCGAGUACGCACUCGCUCUUCCUAAACCGGGACAGAGACGGACGCCUCAGCUGGGCUCCGGGGCCGAUCUGGACUGGGUUCUGAACGGAGGCCGGGUUCACAGCUCCCGCUCAGAUGUGGAUCUGACGGAUAACGCGCCUCAGCAGAGGAGGAUGGUGAGCGCUGGGAAAGGGAAGAACAAGCUGCCCUGGGAGAGAUCGGCCCUCUCUGUGGAGCUUCAGACCAAUGGAAGGUCACCUGAUCAGCAGGUUAGCAGUGAAGAUCCAUCCUCAUCCACGAGACACACUGGAGCCAAAUACAGUUUGCCCAAGACGAGUCGUUUUCUGUCGGGCAGCGUUGAGCGAACGUUCUCCCUACCGACUAGCUCCACACCUCCAGGCUCGUUUCUGCUGCCCUCGUACCCGCUGACCGCGCUAACAGGGAGUCUGCUGACCACGACCUUACCGCGCAGAAACCACGCUGACCCCUCGCUGUCCAUGUCCAACACGUGGCCCAACAAACCUGACAUCAGCCCUCACCGCAGGAGCGACGGCUCUGGUGAGGUGAGCUCCAGAAAACGCUCUCCGCUGCCUCCUCGAGCUGUACGGGCCUCAUCCGUCCAUCAGAGCCCAAACACCAGCAGACCCUCGUCGCAGGACAAACAACCGGACAGAAGCCUGCACCUGGAUCUGUCGGUCAGCAGCGGCGCAGGAGAGCCGGAGGACGAGCCGCUGGACCGCGCGGAGAUGCUGAACUCCUUGCGCUCAUUGAGGAACAGCGCUGUUAAGAAACGGGCCAAAGUCAGCGAGAGCAGCUCUGAGCCGGAUCCAGACAGUCCAGACUCAGCGGUGAAGCUGGAGCUGGUUCCUGAUUCUCCGGAGCAGACGUCUCCAUCCGUCACCAGCCCUCUGAGCGAGAGCGGCCUGAGCAGCCUGUACUCGCCCCCGUCACCCAACGGCACCAAGAGCAGCCCUGUGAACUCUGCUGUGAAACCACAAGUGCCAUCAGGAAGACGCGUCACAGCAGACGUCAGCGCUCGAGGUGUGAUGCAGCAGGAGAAGAGUCUGUCUGAUGGGAAUGUGAGUGUGAUCGGUCAGAGACUCGUUUACUCAAACAGAUCGUUAGAUCCAGACGAGGAGAAGCCCAGCGACAUGACAUCAUCAACACCGCAGAUCAGAGCCGCCGGCCGCGAGCCGCUCCGCGCUCUCAGACCCGCUAAAGGAUCUCAGCAGCGUGUGUCGUGCAGUCGUGACAUGUCGGAGGGCGUGAUCGGACGAGGAGUGUUCGGUUCGGUUGUUCUGCCCAGUCGUCUCAGUGUGGCGUCUUCUCCCGAGCAGUGCGACUCGGCCGGUAAAAGCGGCUUCACCAGCGCACUCGUCGAGUCUGACGCCAGUCCUGAAUCAGAGGAGCUGCCGGUCACUCAGGAGAGAGUCAGACUGUCCGAGUCUACGAGCGACAAGAUGCAUCAGCAGGACACGCCCCCCGCUCAGGAUCCAAUGAGACGCCGCGUGCUCAUCGACAGUGUGAAAGACGUGAGUCUGAACGGAUGUGAGUCGCUCUCUGAUGAAUCUCCCUCCUGCCCGACUGGAUCGCAGAAUCCAGUGAAAUAUCUAAGCCCCGCCCAUCAGCCCGCCCCCCCGACCAGCCUGCCCAAUAGGAACGCAGCGCCACGACUGAGACGAGUGUCUAGUCUGAACCGGAUCAGACCGCCUGCAUCACACAGCUCCGAUGAGUUGAUUACUGGGAGUCUGAAGAAAGAGGGUCAGGAUCAGGCAGACCUGCGGCCGUUCUCUAAACCGGAGCUGGCGCUAACGCAAAGCUUCAGACUGAUCGCCGCAGACGACUGGGAGAAGAAGAUCGAGGGGAUGAACUUCCUGCGUAGUUUGGCUCAGUAUCAUCCUGACGUGCUCAUGAGCAGGAUUCAUGACGUGUGUCUCGCUCUCAUUCAGGAGGUUCGUAACCUGCGCUCCGGCGUGUCUCGUGUGGCUGUGGUGACGCUGGGAGAGAUGUUCGCGGUGCUGCAGAAGGGAAUGGAUCAGGAGCUGGAUGCGACGGUCAGAGCUCUGCUGCAGAAAGCCGGAGAAUGCAACGCCUUCAUCAGACAAGACGUGAGUUCAUUCAGCCUAGACACACUCUCGCCUCAGCGCUUCAUGCUUUCAUUGCUGUCUCUCAGGUACUUUGGUCGACGCAUGCUGCUGUUUUUGUCCUCUCACCGUGACUUUGAUAAAAUGAUGGAGAAGUUCAUCUCUGCUAAAGACCUGCCGACCAUCAGAGACGCCGUCUUCACUCUCAAAACCAAGGGUUUGGGGGAGAUGCCUCAGGACGCUCCGUCGGCGCGGGGCAGGCGCUCUCUCCCAGGCAGUGGGCUGGUGCGCACCUCGUCCCUCACGCGUGAGCCUCUGAGCGGCAGCAGGGAUUGUGGGCAGGCGGUGAGUAAAGCAGCCGUGCACAGCCUGGCGGACCGGAGCGAAUACAUCAAACAGAUGAAGACGCUGCUCAACUCCAAAGACUUCAGGGAGAGAAUCAAGGCCAUCGAUCAGCUGGUGUGCGACUGCGAGGAGAACCCGGCUCUGGUCAUCGGCAGCCUGUUCCCGGUAAUCCUGGUCAUCCUGCUGAUGAUGAUGAUGAUGAUGAUGGUGGUGAUGAUGAUGCUGGUGGCUCUGAAGGCUCGUCUGCAGGAGUCCAACAGUAAGGUGAGCCUGCGGGCUCUGGAGUCUCUUCAGCCCAUCAUCGCUCUGCUCAGAGACAGUCUGGCUCCAGUGCUCAACAUCCUGAUCCCCGCCGUCGUGGACAAUCACCUCAACUCCAAGAACAGCAGCAUCUCCACGGCGGCGCUGGGAGCCGUUCAGGCUCUGAUGCACAACAUCGACAACAGCCUCCUGCUGCAGCCCUUCUGCUCCAAAGCCCAGUAUCUGAGCGGGAAAGCCAAGCUGGACCUCAUCGAGAGAGUCGCAGAGCUGGUGACGGAGCUGUACCCGCGCAGACCGCAGCUGGUGGAGCAGAAGGUUCUCCCGCUCUUCUGGACGCUGCUCCGCUCCUCCUGUAACGGAGGAAACGUCCGGAUGGCCACAGCGAAGCUUGCCGAGGCGCUGCACGCACACAUGGGCCAGACGCUGCUGGAGAACGCCGCCGCUUCACAGCCUGCAAACGUGCAGAGCGACCUGAACCAGCUCCUGAGAGCCGCUCAAUCCUCCUGGACACAGACCCACAGUGCCUGACUGACCAUCUCUAACACACGGGUCAAUAAACACUCUCUCUCUGUCUGACCAUCUGACGCUUUGCACUUUCAUGGAGAUUCCACACUUUAAAUGCACAAUCACUCCGAUGUUGUUUUGUACUGUGUGCUCUGAUCAUUUAUACCAGACACGUGUGUGUGUGUGUCUGUCUGUCUGUCUGUGUGUGUGUGUG